AUGCACCAGGUACCACCCAAUUGAUAUCGGAUAAACCAACAUGCCGGAGAGAAAAACAAUUUUAAAUGAUUCCAAGUUGCCUUGGCUAAUAUGGAUGAAUCUCAAAGUCUCGAUCUCCCUAUGAUAUUUAUGGUUAAAGAAUCUAGACUUCUCCCUUAUCUAUUACCUCCUAAGAGUAGGCAGACUUUAGGAAAUAACGAAGAGAAUGAAUUUAGAGAAGCCAUUGAUUGAAUUGAUCACAAAAAAUUUCUCGUAACCAGAGGUAAUGAUACUAUAAAUGAAACAGUUUUGAACAAACUCUGAUUUCCUGACAUAAACCAAAGUGGUGUUUCUGAGACUACAAAUCAGAUAUUCAUUCAAUCUGGUCUGAAAUUAUUAGUACGGGAUAGCAUAUACUGUACUUCAGAAGCCCCACCAAACAGAGAAAAUAACUUUCACUUCGAGACAGCAAAAGCGGGGAAUGAUUUAGUUGGUUUUCUCGAUGAAGAACCUAAGCUUGAAAGCGAUAUUGUGUUGGAUAAGUAUAAGCACUCCAUUACUUACAAGAAGACUAGGAGAACGGGAAGAAAAUAACAGGAUCAUCCAUUGAGAAUAUCAGGAUUGAAGAAUGCAGUUCUCAAAAACAUGGAAUUUCAUUGAUCACGCUAGGAUGCACUUAGGGCAGAAACCAUAUAAGUGAAGUAUUUGCCACAAAGGGUUUACUCAGCAGGGAAAUUUGAAGAAGCAUGAAGAGAUUCAUGAAAAAUAAAAAUUUGCUUAUUUACUUCUAAGAAACACUAAAUUUUACACUUU